AUGGGCAGGACGGUGUGUAUUCCUGAGACAUGCGACGUCUACACUGUCCAACCAAAUGAUACCUGCACGUCUAUUAUUCGGACUGUUCCCCAAGAUAUCACGGUCACUCAGCUCCAGAGUUGGAAUCCUAAUAUCAAUCUUCUUUGUGGAAACAUGGACAAUUUGAACGGCACAGUUAUCUGCGUCAGCCCCAUUGGCGGUUGGUUGGAUAUGUUCAACAGUGCCAGCCCAUCCACGGCCACGACAGCCGUGCCAGCGCCAACAAAUGUUGCCGAAGGAACCAACAAUGACUGUGGAAAAUACUACACUAUCCAAGACGGCGAUUAUUGUGCCUCGGUUUCCAUUCAGAUGGGCAUUUCCCUUAAUGAUUUCUACUUUCUCAACCCGGAAAUUGACGCAAACUGCACGAACCUCAUGCUAGGCAUAGCAUAUUGCGUUGAGGCUGUCGGUGACAUCUCCAUGUAUGCCAAUUAUACUGGUGGCGGUGCCGUUGAGGUCUCAUGCCUUGAUGCAUCCGCUCCAAGCAGCUGCUUCCAGGACGUCUCCGAUCUCCCCUCUGCGCCUUUGAUGGCGGGAAAUGUUACCCUUCCAAAAUACAACAGGACGACUACUCCCAGUCAAACAAUUCCGACGCAGACACCGCUACCAACAGCGUCAGGAACUAUCGCUGGUUGCUCAAAAUAUCUCAAUUACCAGACUGUCAACUCCACCAUCCCGGACGCAGAGGCCUUGGUCAACAGCUGCUCAUUUAUUGCGAGUUCAUAUGGCGUGUCUGUUUUGGAUUUGGUAUCAUGGAAUCCUUCCUUAAACAGUAAUGAAACACUCUGUGCCCUGCAAUCUGGGUAUAGCUACUGCGUCCUGUUACCUUCCAGUGCAAACUCAAGUCAGUUCCCCUCAUCCUAA